AUGAGUAUCAUUGAUAUUACAUUAUACACCGUCGUUAAACCCACGUUCUUACAAGAAUGUACUGAGACAAACGCAUCUGAUGUUUGUGAGAAAGCAUACAAGUUUGGAUUACAACUAAUAGUCACAACAAAGAUCAUUACAACAAUUUUAUCGAUCUAUUUCUUGUUGGUGAUCGCUUCUUACGUAGCUCGUCGCCGUAAAAUAGAAAAAAUGUAUGAUAUUGAUGUUGAAAGUGUUAAAGAAGCAGCUCAAUAA